CAAGCAACACAAAAUUUGUAACGAAGGACGCCGAUAAAGCACAUCUAUUUUAUCUGCCAUUCGGUUCACAUAAUCUACGGAAUAGCUUGUAUGUGCCAAGAUCUCACAACACCGCCAACUUAAUAGAAUAUCUUAAUAGCUAUGUCGACUUGAUCAAAGGAAGAUAUCCUUUCUGGAAUAGAACAUGUGGUGGUGAUCAUUUUCUUGUGGCGUGCCAUGACUGGGCUCCUAAGGAAACAAGGUGGCAAAUGGCAAAUUGCAUAAGAUCCCUAUGCAAUGCUGACCUAGGAGGAGGGUUCUUGUUCGGGAAGGACAUUUCUCUCCCAGAAACGUAUAUGCAUUCAAAUCAGGACUCGGGAAAAUACUCUGGAGGAAGUCCGCCUUCGGAGAGGAGCACUCUCGCAUUUUUUGCAGGUCAAAUGCAUGGCCUCGUGCGACCAACUCUCCUGAAAUACUGGGAAAACAAAG